AUGGAAGCGUCGAGAAUAUUUGCUGGAAUCGAAGGUGGUGCAACGCAGUCUCGACUUCUUUUUAUUGAUGAAGCUGGCAAGCGAUAUGGCGAGUGGAGUCGGACUGGCCUGAAUUGCUGUCUUGAUGGAUUCGAUGUGGUUGCGGACAGAAUAGCAAAAUGGAUUCAAAUGGCUAAAAAAGAAGUUGGGAUCGUUGGUCCUCUUGCAGCUGUGGGAAUGGGCCUCUCGGGAGCUGAAGAUGAAAAAAGCAACCAAAGACUGAUUAACUUUUUGAAAGAUCAACAUGGGGAUAUUGCAGUCGACUUUUCGCUGUCCUCUGAUGCUGUUGUUGCAGCUGCUGCUUCAUUCCAGAACGGUGGUGCGGUAAUCGUAGCAGGGACCGGUUCAGCUUGUCGAUUAUUAAAGGCUGACAGUAGCGUGUAUGGUGUUGGCGGUUGGGGACAUCAAAUUGGUGAUGGUGGUAGCGCAUUUUGGAUCGCAAGGAGAUUAAUUCAAUGUAUAUUUGACGAGGAAGAUGGACUUCAUCCGUCACCUCAUUCGAUUUCAAAAACAAAACGAUUGUUUCUCGAAUUUUUUGAUUUGUCUGACAAAGCCGGUAUUUUGGACAUUUUAUAUACUAAUUUCGAUAAAUCCAGGAUUGCAUCUUUCGCCGCUCACGUUGCUAAAGAAGCAAAUGAUGAUCCUCUUGUUCGGCUAGUUUUUCGCGAUGCUGGUGAGCAACUUGGCUUACACGUACGAGCAAUUUCAAGAAAUUUCGAUGAGGAAAUGCUUCACAAUGCUCCGCUUCUACUGAUUGGUUCUGUAUGGCGAAGUUGGGAAUUGUUAAAGGAUGGUUUUGUACACGGACUCAAAAGUAAUGGCAGUCGAAUUGGAAAGGUAACACUCUACACUCUUCUGGAAACACCUGCUUUAGGAGCUGCUCUAUUAGCAGCCAGAAAAAUUGGUAAAAAAGUAGCGUGCGAGCAGAGAACUACUGUACUUGAGGUCCUCAUCUUGUGA